AUGGCGCGAUCUGUAAAUGAAACCCACGAGAUUAACUCUCCAGACCAGAACAAUGCCGGUGUUCUUGGUGAGAAGGAAGCCGUGGAGAGGGUGUACUCUCAUGACUCGGAGGACAUGCAGCGCACCCAAACAAUUGAAGGUCAUUUGAACGCCACAGAAGAUGAUAUUCUCGAGGCCAAGGAGGCCGCAAACGCCAUGUCCCUCGAGACUGUCACCAAGUUGAUGGAAAACGUGAUUCGCAUCCACGAUGGCGACCCUAACUUCCCCUUUGUUACUCUCCAGAAGAUCAAAGAGUUCCUCUCGAAGGAUGGCAUCGCCGAGAACCCGGAAAAGCACGAGCGCCUGAUCCAGGAGAUGAAGCUCGAGGCGGCCCUCAUCACCCACAACAGCCCCUACGCCGAGGUCCGCGCCGCCGUGGACAACCACGACGACCCCUCGCUGCACGUGUCGACGAUCCGCGCCUGGACCAUUGGCAUCCUCUUCUCCGUCUUCCUCGCCUUUGUCAACCAGCUCUUCAGCAUCCGCCAGCCGAGCAUCCGCUUCGACACAAACGUCGCCCAGCUGCUCGCCUACCCGCUCGGCAAGGCCUGGGAGCGCUGGAUGCCGCGCGCCGACAUCCCCAUCCCCUUCACCGGCAUCACGGUCCCGCUCAACCCGGGCCGCUUCAACAAGAAGGAGCACAUGCUCAUCGCCAUCAUGGCCAACACGUCCCGCAGCACGCCCUACACUGCCUACAUUGUCUGGGUCCAGGUCCUGCCGCAGUACUUCAACCAGCAGUACGCGCGCUCUUUUGGCUACAUGUUCUGCAACGCCUUUGCCACAAACUUCAUCGGCUACGGCCUGGCGGGCCUGACGCGCAAGUUCCUCGUCUACCCGUCGUACUGCGUGUGGCCCUCGUCCCUCGUCACCAUCGCCCUCAACUCGGCCCUGCACAACGAGGAGAACCACGGCGUCAUGGGCCCCUUCAAGAAGAUGUGGAACAUUUCGCGCUACAACUUCUUCCUCGUCACCUUUGCCGCCAUGUUUGUCUACUUUUGGUUCCCCAACUACAUCUUCCAGGUCCUGUCCUACUUUAGCUGGAUGACGUGGAUUGCGCCCACGAACCGGAAUCUCGACAUCUGGACGGGCAUGCGGAACGGCCUGGGUCUCUUCAACCCCGUCCCGACGUUUGACUGGAACAUCAUCUGCUUCACCACCGACCCGCUCAUGAUCCCCUCCUUCUCCACCUUCAACGCCGUCGGCGGCAUGUUCAUCACCGGCUUCUUCAUCGCCGGCGUGUGGUACAGCAACACCUGGAACACGGGCUACCUCCCCAUCAUCUCCAACCGCAUCUACGACCACUACGGCAAGCUCUACAACGUCUCCCGCACCCUGGACAGCCACGGCAUGUACGACGAGGCCAAGUACAAGGCCUACUCUGCCCCCUACAUGACGGCCGGCAACUCUCUCGUCUAUGGUUUCUUCUUCGCCGUCUACUCGGCCAUCGUCACCCACGUCGUCCUCUAUCAUCGAUACGAGAUUUCCAUGGGCUUCAAGAACCUCUGGCAGGGCUUAAAGUGGGGAAAGAAGAAGGGCACAAGCACCGAGGUCGCUGAUGGAGCCGCAGACGACACCAUUCGUGCCAACGAGGGCGAGUACCAAGAUGUUCAUAACCGUCUCAUGGCUGCCUAUCCCGAAGUCUCCGAAUGGUGGUACUUUGGUGUUCUCGUCAUCUCCAUCGUCUUUGGUGUUGUCGGCAUUGCCGUCUGGCCUACCUACACGUCCGUUGGUACCGUCUUCUACGGCAUCCUUCUCUGCCUCGUGUUCGUCGUGCCAUGUGGUAUCGUGUACGCCAUGACGGGUAUCGAAAUCACUCUCAACGUGCUCGCCGAGUUCAUUGGUGGUAUGAUUGUCGAAGGCAAUGCGCUUGCCAUGAACUUCUUCAAGUCGUACGGCUACGUCACCUGUGCCCACGCCCUGUCCUUUGCCAAUGAUCUCAAGCUUGCCCACUAUGUCAAGAUUCCUCCUCGUGUCACGUUUGCUGGCCAGUUGCUCGCCACCCUCAUUUCCACCCUCGUGUGCACCGGCGUCCUCAAGUUCCAGAUGGACAUCAAGAACGUCUGCACGGAGGAUGCUCCCAUGCGCUUCUUUUGCCCCGGUCCCAACACCUUCUUCACCGCCUCUGUCCUCUGGGGCACCAUUGGUCCCAUCAAGGUCUUCGGCAAGGACGGACAGUACCGCUGGCUGCUGAUGGGUUUCCCGAUCGGCAUCAUCCUCGUCCUAAUCUCCUGGAGCCUGAAGAAGGCCAUGCCCAACAACCGUGCCAUCCGCCAGGUCCACAUUGUCGCGGUCAUUGCCGGCUCCCUCCAGUGGGCUCCCUACAGCUUCUCGUACGCGUGGGGUGCCGUGCCCGUGGCCUGGUUCUCAUGGAUCUUCAUCCGCGGCCGCUACCUGGCGUUCUGGUCCAAGUACAACUAUGUCCUCUCCGGCUCCCUGUCAGCCGCCAUUGCCAUCUCUGCCAUCGUCAUGCUCUUUUCCGUUCAGUGGGCAGGGAAAGAGAUCGAUUGGUGGGGCAACAACCAAACGGGUCUCGGAUGUGAGGACAAAGCCUGCAAACUGCACCACCUGGCCCAGGGCGAACGCUUCUACCCCUGGUGGAGCGAUGGCAAGAUCCCUGCUCCUUAA